AUGGCGCCGACGCCCGAAGAGUUUGAGGCUUCGGUAUUGCCGGAUCGACCAUGCCUUUUGAACGAGAAGUUCAAGGUGCACUCCUAUGAUGGAGGAGCAUUUAAAAGCAAGGGGCAGUACGACAUCAAGAAUGUGUUAGUUCCAUUGCUUGAGCCCUUCCAUUGCUCUUCAAGUGGAACAAAGUUCAAUCUAGUCUUGAAAUGCGCCGACGACUUCACGCUGACCCACUUCUAUGUUAGUGGCCCUGGGCCUCGUUGCACAGAGCCGAUCAAGAGUGGUUUGGUUUGGGUGCUGGAGCAAGCUCCGGAUGUUGAACGGCUGAAAAAGUACGACUCCAUGUGUGCCGAAGAAUUGCUUGAAAUAGUAAAAGGAUUGAGAACUUAUAGCUCCAGCGAGCAAGCCGGCAGUGUUCCUGACCCGUGCUUGUACUUCACGACGGACUCAACCUCCAGGGAGGCAGAGCUGGAAUUGCCGAAGUGGCGAGAAGGCAAAUAUAUCGUUGUGAAAUUCCUGGAUACGCACAAGGACCAAGGCAACAUUGACGUUGGCAUUGUGGGGAUGAUCGGCUACUUCGGCAGGCAUGCCAAGAAGCAGAUCCCCCUUGGCCCAUGGAUGAAACGAACGGCCCGCCAGGUUUGGGUGCACCCAAACGCACUGAAGAGCAUGUUCUCCUCUAGUGGAUGGGUGUGUGAUGGUCGCGAUUUCACCGGAGGGUGCCGCAGCGGUCAGACAGACUUUCAUCAAACGAAUGUCUAUACCGUCACUUUUCGGUGCGCCACGAGCGGCUUUGAUCUCUGCGAGAAGUGUGCAUAUGAUCCAACUCUGGGACACGUCAAUGAAUCUUCGAUUCGAUCUGACCUGGAGGCACUUGCCGAUCCCUCACUCUGCAAGCUUGGUGCCACUCGAUUGCGCAAUCUCUGGCGGCGAAAUUGGGCCGAAGCGCUGCCCAGGUACUUCGCGGCGGGCUUGCUCGACAGCUUGGUCCAGGCUCUGCAGAAGUGCCUCGUUGAGGGGCAGAGGCCAGAGGAGGAACGACCACUAUUCUCCAGCAUGCCCCGCGUUGCGUGGCAAGCUGUCAUUUCAGCGGGGCUGAUGAACCUCGUGACUGCUGCCUUGGUUGAAAACGCGAUGGACGAAGAUCGAAGCAUCGUCACAGUCAUUGCUCCUUCCGAAAAAGUGGGUCUUUGCAUGAGAGACACCCAGAGAUCCGUCCGCGCAGCUCCGUCCCUGUUGAUGAUGAGCCAGCGCUUGCAGAGGACGGCUCCGCCAAACUCCACUGACAAGUUAGCGAAUGCAUCAGACGACAAGAUGCCAUCCCAGACAGCCAGCGAUGAUCUCGCACAGACAUUGCAAGAUGCACUGCAGUGGGAGAUGCAGCAAAUCGAGAAAUCACUGGGCAAAGAUGGCGUCACCAAACUCGGCGCUCAACCCGGCCGGGUCAUGGGAGUGGCACUAAAUGGUAAGGAUGACAUCCGCAUGCUGCAGAGUGCAUUGAUGAUUGGCGUCGCUGGUGUCUUGACGCUUGCAAAGGUCUUUUCGCUGCUUCGUAGACUUCGCCCUGAAGUUUACAUCAAGGAGGCAGACUUGGAGAUUGAAGCUGUGACGGACACAGAUGCAUCCCCUCGCACAGCCCCAAGGCGCUUUGCCAAUCCGCAUGUCGGCCUGUUCGAUUGGGUAUCGAAGGUUUGGCAGACAACACCAGAAGAUGAGGUGAAGCAGGCCGGCUUGGACGGCUGGGCUUUUCUGGAAUUUCGCCGGCUGAACUGGCGGAUCUUUUCCGUGAUAGGCCCGGUGCUGUGCGCAGUAUUGUUGCCUCUGCACUACGAGGCGCACCGGGAUGCAGAAUACGAGCUGGAUUUACUCAGCAAGUUCGACAUUGGUAGAGACCCGCUUCCGGACUGGAUGUUGUGGGUCCACGCCGCGAUGGUUUGGUUUGUAGUCUGCGUUAGCGCAUGGACUAUAACUCGCACGCAGGAACAUUUCACCGAGCGCCGCUAUCAGUGGCUGAAGGAAAUCCCAUUCCCACGGGCGAAGACUGUUCUCAUCAGGAACAUUCCCUCCCGGUAUCGGUCGGAUGCAGCUCUGAAGCAGUAUUUCGUUAACCUCUUCAGCGAAGAGGUGAUCGAGCGCGCUUAUGUCGUUCGUCACACAGGACGCCUGACAUACCAGGUGGCAGCAUUGAAGCAAGCACGCCUGGACUUGCUCCAUGCGAAACAGCACUGGGAGGAAGCUGGGCGUCCGGAUCGGGCCUCCUCAGAGAGUCUUCGGUUGGAGCACUGCGAGAAGCGUGAACAGACGCUGACGCAGGAGGUCACGCAAGCACAAGCAAGGCUGGACGAGGGAGUCGCACGAGGAGAUCCCGUUGUAUGUUCUUCCACUGGCUUUGUCACGUUUACCAGCGAGCUUUCGCAGCGGCUUGCUUCUCGGGAGCAGUAUACACGAGAUGUCACAGACUUCAGCAUGACAACAGCUCCGGAUCCCAAUGAUCUGAUUUAUGCCAAUCUUGCAGAAGAAGAGAUGAAUUCUGCUGGAUGGAAUUGGGCCGGCUUGGCCGCUAUAUGGGGAGUCUUUACGCUGUGGGUGCCCUUCGUAGUUCUUAUCUCGAGCUGGACAACCUUCGGCGCGGUGCAGGAGAUGCUCCCAACUUUGAAGGAGCUUGUGCAGCGGCACAUGUGGCUGGACAAGCUGCUGACAGGAGUCUUUGCGACUAUUGCACUGAAGGUGUUUCUUGCCUUUUUGCCAUCUGCAAUGUACGUCAUCAUCCGAACCGUGAUGAGCGUGAAGUCGGGGACGGAGGUGCAGAUCAAGAUGCAGAAAUGGUACGGUCUUUUCCUCGUAACGUUUGUCCUGCUGGUCACUUCCCUAAGCCGCGGAGUGACCCUGACACUGGUUAGCGUUGCACAGAAGCCGGGACGCAUCUUCCGUAUCCUCGCGGAUUUCCUGCCAUCAGCUUCCCAUUUCUACUUCAACUAUACCGUUCUCGGAUGGAUCGUGCCAUUUAUGGAGCUGGUCAGAAAUGCGAACUUCUGGAAGUUCCAUCUUUGCAAGUACUUCCUGUCAAUGUCGGAGAAGGAGGCGAAGGAGUACAGCGAACCUGAAGAUCCAGCAAGCUAUGGAUUUGGAGCUCGGAUGGCCUCGUCACUCCUGAUCUCUGCAAUCACGUUUGCGUUCUGUUCAUGUUCCCCGCUUAUUCUGGCAUUUUCAUUCAUAUCCUUGAGCCUGUCGCACGCCAGCUACACAUAUCUCGUGGUGUACGCUGAGUCGAAAAAACCCGACACUGGUGGCGUUCUGUGGGUCCAUGGGAUCAGCUACCUGUUCUUGGUGAUCCUGAUGUACAUACUGCUGAUGACAGGAGUUCUGCAAAUGCUCAGUUCGAGUGGCAAGUGGUUGGGGCCACCUGUGGUCGCACUUGCGUCGACUGUGGCCCUUUAUGCAGGAAAACAUCGGGUGGACAGCUUGGCUUUUGAUGUGCUCCCUCUGGAAGAAGUCGUCAGGACAAGCCAAGACUUGAGCAAGAAGGCUGUGCGCGAACAGGGCCAGUACGUGCAGCCAGAGUGUGACCUUGCUGCCGUGACAGUGCAGCGGCAGCAGCCCGGUGCAGAGAAUCAGAAGCGCCAGGCCAGACGUGCCCUCUUGCAGUUGACUACUGAGCUGACGCAGCGACUCUUGGGCCUUGGCUGUGGUGAGGCCUGGCAGGCUUCAAACGAUCUUGUGUGGGCCAUUCGCACGGAGUCGGAGGGACAAGAACAAUGGGACGAAGGAAGAGUGGUGCAAAUGCCAAAAUCAAUGCCUGACUGUCUGAGUUCCAAGCCUCUGCCGCCACCCAGGAAUGCACUUGCAGCGGCUGUCGCUGGCGCCGGCGGUGGCGAAUCGGGUGAGGCUGCACAGAACGAAGGAGGAGGUGAGGGUGGAGAUGCGACGACGGCUGCAGGAGGCGCGGCUCCUGAAGCGACAGACCCGGGCGGCGAGGCAGAAGCGCCAUCAGACCCGGCGGCCUCGAAGGAUUCCACGUCGCAAGAGGGCUGCUACCUCAUAUCAUGGAGAGACGGGCAGGCUCCGAGCUGGGUUCAUGCUCAGCAUGUUUGGCGGAUGGUUGCCGAUGAGGACGUCAUGAUUGCGACUGCGGGCAUGUUUCUCGAAGUCUCCAAGGGUGCGACGUGUGACACUUCCAGGCUGUCCAAACUGCUGCAGCAAGGCGCUGACCUCCAGGCGUUGAACGGUGAAGGGUGCACGGUGCUGCUCCUGGCCGUGCGAGCCGAGGUGCCGGUGGAAGUCUUCAAUGAGUUUUCGGGGGAGCGCGCAUGUGUGCAAGAUUUUGCACUCCGGUCGUGCUUGCGGGAUGGAGACUGCCUGGACAUGAGGAACAAUUGCACUGGCCGCAAGGUGAGCAAUGGGUCAGGGCGUUUCUCUUGGAGAGGCUUCUCAAGAGCGCUACUUCCUGCAAAAAGUCAAGCUCGGAGAAGGGUCCUUCGGGACAGUUUGGAGAGCUGUGGACAGGCAGGAAAACACCAUCGUAGCUGUCAAGCAGCUCGACAAGGCAGGAGCUCGCCGUGCAAGUCUUCACAGGUCGCGACACAGCGCAAAGCCUCUGUUGACAGGCAUUGCUGCCAAAGCGCGGCGUUCGCCGGCAAGAUAUUGAGCGAGAGGUGGCAGUGA